ACCGGGACCAGCCCCAGUGUCUACCUUCAGGGAGUUUUCAGUCUCAUGAGGCUGCUGAAGGGGUCGUUCGAGGUCUGCCAUGUCCUUGGCCGCCACCGCAGAAACCCACGCGGACAAGCAUUUCCCCAGCGUGGCCUCCGAGCACAGCAGGCUGUCGGCAGAGCCCCGGGGCAGCCCCAGCACGGCUGCGAGUCCCGGGAACCACAACGCCUCCUCCGGGAGCGCCGGGGGCAGCCGGUCCCCGUGCUCCUUCCGGAGUUUGAGUUCUUACGACGAUUAUUCGGAGGACUUUCUCUCUGAAUGUUCGGAAACGGCCGUUCAUAAAAAUUACUCAGAGAAGCCUGCGGUAAAGGGGGAAAAGGAGGAGAAGAAAAACUGCGUUUCUAAAGUCUCCCAGCCUAAGGGCCGGAAGGAAAUCUCAGUUGAAAAAAAGCACAACUGGAACGUGUCGUUUUUAAAUUCGAAAAUCAGUACAAUUGCCCAGAGAGGAGAGGCUGUGACUCAUCGCAUACUCUCAGCGAGGCUCCAUAGAAUUAAAGAACUAAAAAAUGAAUUAACUGAAAUACACCGUAAGUUGGAAGCCACAAUCAUAGAAAACCAGUUUUUGAAACAACUUCAGUUUAGGCACUUGAAAGCUAUAGGAAAAUAUGAGACUUCACAGAAUAAUGUACCUCAGAUUAUGCUUAAACAUCAGAAUGAAGUUAAAAAUUUAAGGCAGCUACUUAGGAAAUCCAGAGAAAAGGAAAGAACUGUAUCUAGGAAACUUAGAGACACGGACAGCGAGCUGCUGAAGACCAAAGACGCUUUGCAGGCGCUCCAGGCACUUUCCGAAGACAAAAGUCUUGCAGAGAGGGAAGAACUUACCCAAAGACUGGCUAUUCUUACAACAAAAAUGGAGGAAAAUGACCAAAAACUACAGAACUUAGAGAAGCAGCUGAGGUUGAAGACCAAAGCCUUCAGUCGGCAGCUGGCCGUCGAGAGCCAGAAGACGUUAGCUGCCCAGACAGCUAAGGAGACUCUGCAAAAGGAAGUCAGACACCUUCACCAAAAACUUAAGGAGAAGGAUAGAGAGCUUGAAAUUAAAAACAUCUACGCUAAUCGGAUACUGAAAAAUUUACAUGACAGAGAAGAUUAUCCAAAAGUUUCUUCAACAAAAUCAGUGCAAGCAGACAGGACGGGUGUUUCAACAAGUACGCGACAUCAGGAAACCCAGAAAUCGGAAGACGCUCCAGCUUUGAUGACUAAGGGUAAAAGGACAACAGGAAACACUGGUCAUAAAGAAAAGCCAAUGGAAACAGUCCGUGCAGCCCCUCGCUACAGCAGCAAACUACCAAGCCAAGAACACUCCGAGAGAAAGUACGAAGAUUUAUCCAAGGAAGAGGAACGCUUGACAGUGCAGGCAGCCCCGGAGCAUACUGGAAGACAGAGAGAGAAGAAAGCAGAUCAAGAGAAGAAAAUCGCUUUAGAAAAAGAACGAGAACUACCGCCGGAAAGAAUUCAAGUCAUUCACCUUGACCGGGGAGGCCAGCAGGGAGACGAAGCAGCCAAGGAAGGGGUUAAAAAAGGCCUACAAAUAAGUGACACGGACGAGGUACCGAAUAAAAACGCUGCUCCAGAUACGAAAAUGCUCCUCAGACAGAGAAAGCGUUAUUCGUUUACAGUCGCUACUGAAAAUUUGCACCACGGGCUCCCUGCUUCCGGGGGCCUGACCCCAGGUUCCAGGAAAUGCAACCCCAGCACAGGCAGGCGGCGCGGGUGCGCGGAGGGCCCGAAGCCAGAGCAAUCUGCCAGCGCGUACGAGCCCUCUUUCGGGAAGUCUUCCCGAACAAAGGCAGCAGGCGCAGCUUUCAGGGAUAAGAAAAGCAGUCUGAUGGAGGAGCUCUUUGGGUCGGGCUACGUCUUUAAAAGUGACCGGGCCAGUGCCGCUACAGAGGGGCCCGAGGACACCUGGAGAAGCACGAAGAUGCCUCCGCCACCCCCCGGCCAGGCCUGUGCCAGCAACGCUUUUGGAGAUUCGAAAGUGACUGUGGUGAACUCCAUCAAGUCAUCUUCACCCACAGAAGGAAAAAUAAAAAUAAUUAUUUAA